AUGGGUCCAAACGCUGGGAAUCCUCUAGUGCUAGUUGUCCUACAGGGUUCUGAUGGACAUUACAUGUCAGCCUCAACUACUGGUGCCAAAGCCACGUGGAGAAAAACAGCGCUGCAUCGUGCAGCUACUGCUGGUAGUAUGAACUGUGUCUACCUACUUGUGCAGCGUGCGAUUCCCACCGAUAUCCUCGAUUACAAUAGCAACACGCCUCUCACGAAUACAGUUUUCCAGCCCAUCGACGUUAUCAACUAUCUGACCUUCCAAAGUGUUGCCCUGGCGUCUGAGAUGAUGUACUUUGAUGGCUCAGUCCUCGUUCUGAUUACCAACACUUUGUUGGCUCGUGUAAACUUAAAACAACCGCGUCCCGUUUAA